GAGGAGCGCGCUGCUGGCACUGGAGCGGGCACUGGCCGAGCAGCAGAGGCAGCAGGGCAUCUGCGGGCUCUGUGCCCCCUGCCUCUUCCCCCCCUGCGCCAACCUCACUCGCCGCUGCCCACCGCCAGCCGUGCCCCCUGCCAUGCCCCCCAGCUGCCAGGUCCUGCUGGAUGCCCAGGCACUGCCCGAGCUGCCCCAGCGCAACUGGGCACUGAGCCAGGCCUGUGCCCCCUACCAUCGCCUGUGCCCACCCGAAGGGGUCCAGCACACCUGCGCCCUGCUCAGCGCCCGGCUCUGCCGCCACCGCCUCCAGGAGUGCCGGAUGGCAGCUGUGGCUCCCGGCACUGAUGCACCAGCGGAGGCGGCGAUGCCAGGGAGCUGCGGACAUCGUGGGGGCCCCCAAGCUAAUGCCACAGCCCCCCGAGGACGGAUCAUGGGUGGCAGCGUGGCCCCACGGGGUGGCUGGCCCUGGCUGGUGUCGGUGCGGCUCCACGGGGAGCUGAUGUGCGGAGGGGUGCUAGUGGGGCACUCCUGGGUCCUCACCGCGGCCCACUGCUUUGCUGGGAACCGGAAUGAGCUGGCGUGGACGGUGGUGGUGGGCGACCACGAGCUGGGCAAGCUGGAUGCUGGCGAGCGAGCCGUGCCCGUCCGGCGCAUCCUGCCUCACCCCAAGUUUAACCCCAAGACAUUUCACGGCGACCUGGCGCUGCUGGAGCUGGCGGUGCCACUAGCCCCAUCACCCACCAUCAGCCCCGUCUGCCUGCCCAGUAGCCCUGCAGAGCCCAGCCCAGGCACUGCCUGCUACAUCGCGGGCUGGGGGUCCCUCUAUGAAGAGGGGCCGGCAGCCAAUGUGGUGAUGGAGGCACGGGUGCCCCUGCUCAGCCAGGAGACAUGCCGGGGUGCCCUGGGCAGGGACCUGCUGACCAGUGCCAUGUUCUGUGCCGGGUACUUGUCCGGGGGCAUUGACUCCUGCCAGGGUGACUCGGGGGGCCCGCUGGCGUGCCAGGACCCCUCCUCACACCGCUUCGUCCUCUACGGCAUCACCUCGUGGGGUGACGGCUGCGGUGAGCGGGGCAAACCGGGCGUCUACACCCGCGUUGCUGCCUUCGUGGACUGGCUCAGCCUCCAGAUGGACCCCCCCCUCGGCAGCCGAGAACCGAGCUGCUUCGACCUGCUGGCGCUGGCCCAGCUGCCUCCCGAGGAGCAGCCCCCCGAGCGUGCCCGCCUCUGUGCCUUCUAUGCUGGGUCCUGCCGGGCCCCCCAGGGCCGGGCCGCCUGCACCCACCUGGCCGAGGAGACCUGCCGCGCCAGGACAAGGCGAUGUGAGCUGCACUCCUACGCCCAGACCUUGGUGGAUCUCCUGCGCCGGGCUGGGGACUUCAUCCGAAACCAGUUUGACUUCUCCUUCCUCACCCACACCCUGCCCCAGCUCCUGGGCAAGAUCUAUGGGCAUCUCUUCCCCCCACGCGUCCGCAGGGAUGUCCCAGGCCUGGCUGUGGCACGGGGCCAGUCCAGCCCCACAGCAGAGGGACCCCGGAGACCCCCAACCAGGCGGGGUGCAGGGGGGCCACCCCCCUUCGCAGGGCUCUUCAGGACUGUGGGACCCCAGCUGCAGGACUGGGUGGAGGCACUGAAGGCCAUGGCGGGGGGCAGCCCACCGGCACCCACCCUGGACGGGGGGCAGCUCCCCGGGGAGACGUGGCUCUUCUUGCAGCAGGGCAAGGAGGUGGUGGAGGAGCUGGUGGGACAAGGACGCGCCUUCCUCACCCAGCUGCGGGCAGAGCUGGAACUCGGCACCACUCUUGAAGCCACAGAGCUGCAACGGGCACCUGGAGAGCUGGCGGGGACCCCCAUGACAAGCCGGUCCACACCGAGGGAGAAACGUGAACUGGUGCCCACAGAGCUGCCAGGGGUGGAGGAGGAGGAGGCAAGUGCAGGCAGAGCCUGCCCCGGCCUCAACGAGUCGGUGGUGCGGGUGGGUGCAGUGCGGGAGCUGUACGCCUGGGUGCUGCGGGUGCCCGAGUCAGACCUGGCCAUGACCUUCCAGGAGAUCCUGGUGGACUUGGGCUCCAAAAACGCCAAGGGGCUGUACCGGGCGCAGGUGCGGGCCACGGUAGGGGGCCGCCCCACGGCCUUCACUGGCCUUGUGGGGCUGGAGAGCGACUCACUGGCCCGCAGCAUGCCCGGCCUUGUCGCUCUGGCACUUGAGACACUGAAAACCUAAAGUUGUCCAUGGUGUCCUGGGUCAUCAUGCCAGCAUGGGGACAGGGGAGUGGGGCAGGGAUCUCUCAUGUCCUUUGAACACAAUUCCCUCCCUGACUCAGGCUCAUCCACCCCUUUGUCCCCCAUCGUGCCUCAGUUUCCCUCUUCCCACCAGCACUGCCCAACAUCCCCCAAGCUAAUGGGGUGCG